AUGGAGGUCUCCGGUGAAUUCACAGCCUCUUUAACCUCAUCGUCAUCGACCGAUGAGGUGUUUAACGUCUAUUUCAAGGGUCUGGUAUGUGGUGAAACUGUUUCGAUAAGGAUUUGCGAUACAAGCUAUCGUUGUUUAUAUGAGUUGCGGAUAUCAUCUUUAUUUGACGCUGGUGAUCUGGUGGAACUCCAAGCUUUGAUGGAAGCCUUGAAUGUUGCUGUUAAUCUUGGGUUAAAACGGGUUGCUAUUUUCUGUCGUAGCAAUUUGGUCUAUCAAUAUCUCAAAGGUAAAAGGCAACCAACAAGCAACAAGGUUACGACAUUGGUUGAUCAAGUGAACCUUAUUCGAAGUAAAUUCGUUUAUCAAGCCCUAUUUCAUAUGAAGCGAAACUAUAUGAAGUUUGUAUAUAGACUAAUCGCAAAAUGGACCAACAGCGAUUCUUACUUUACGAUAAUUGAGCAAUGCACAAUUUGUUUUGAAUAUAUCCACAAUGAUCAAAUAUAUACAGUCCACAAAUGUCUGCAUAGAUAUUGCUUUUCUUGUAUGAGACAACAUGUAGAAGCAAAGUUACUUCAAGGGAAGCUGCCCGAAUGCCCACAUGAAAAAUGUGAAUCCAAAAUCGGAAUUGAUAGCUGCAAAAAGUUUCUAAAUCCAGAAUUAUAUGAUAUUAUGAGGUUAAGGGUAAAAGAAGCUUCUAUCCUGCCAAAAGAUAGAGUUUAUUGCCCGUUUUCAAAGUGUUCGGCUUUCAUGUCAAAAACCGAGGUCAUAGCACAUACACCUUCUUCGUCGUCUACUGCUGCUGGAGAUACUGGAAUGAGAAGGUGUGUUGAAUGUAAUCGCCUUUUUUGUAUAAAUUGCAAAGUACCUUGGCAUGAUGAUAUGACUUGCUCGGGUUACAUGAAGUCGUACGUGUUUCAGUCUUCUAAUGAUGCAAAACUAAAGUCUCUGGCAACAAAAGAACGUUGGCGCGAGUGUAUUAAUUGCAAGAAUUUGGUUGAACUAACGAGCGGGUGUUACCAUAUUGAAUGCAGAUAUGGUUUGAAUGCGAUUGCAGAUGCGGAUAUCAGUUUUGCUACACGUGUGGAGCGGAGUGGCUUGACAAGAAACAGACGUGCGGGUGUCGGCUCUGGGAUGAGCAUAACAUUAUUUAUGCGUAGCGGCGUUGAAAUGGCCCAUGAUAUUGGUGAUGAGUGA